UAUAUUUACUUAUUUUAAUUUUGGUACACAAAAUAGUGGUACAAAACUUAUCAAUGUACCCGUACAUCAAUGAAAAACACAAGAAACGGUGACAAGUAGGCCUAGAUUCCUAUACCCCAUGAUCAAGCUUUCUGAGUUUGGUUUGUUUUAAGCUAAGCCGAAUAUAUAUAGCCAUUGAGAGAAGAUAAACGGCUGUUUAUGAAAUGGCAGAUGGACCAUCCCCAGCUAAGAAAGUAAAAGAUGACAGUACCUCUUUACCACAUUGUCCUUAUGGCGCCAAAUGUUAUCGUAAAAAUCCUAAGCACUUUGAAGAAUUCCAACAUCCCAAACUAGUUGAUGUUACAGCAGACUCUUCAGUGGAUGGGAUUUCUUUAGCAAAAAGCAUACCAGAUACACCUGCACCACCUGUUCUUGAUUCUUCAUUACCCCCUUGUAAAUAUGGCGGCAACUGCUAUAGAAAAAACUUGCUCCACUUUGCUGAAUUCUCUCAUCCAGUAUCUGGGCCCACAACAAACAAAACUGGCAGUGACAAAAGUGGCAGUGACACUGAUAUUCUAGAUUCUGAUGAAGACAAGAUGAAAAAAGACACCAAGAAAGACAAUCUCCUAAGUUCAGGCAUGUCCCUAAUAAAAAAAUUCUCUCAGAUGUCAGAAACUGAGCGCAAAGAACUUAUCCAGAGAGCUAUAGAAGAGAAAAUUCGAUUACAGCAAGAGCUCGAAGAUGCUAAGAAAAUUGUUGCAGAGAAGGAUAAAGAACUUAGCCAACUCCAAAAACAGCUAAAUAAUGGAUUACUUAUGUUGGAAGGGGAAAAAGAAGCACUGGCCAAAGAUACAACAACUUACUUCCCCCUGUAUCCAGAGAGAGCGUAUAAAGAAGGAUCAGCCAGCCAGAUCCAUUUCCGUUUAGCUGAAUCCCAGUUCUACCGUCUGCUUACUGGAGAUGCGUCUGCAACGAUACGUGUUUUGAAAGUUGACUAUGUCGUGUCUCCUAAAGUUGUUAAAAAUUUUAGGCAAUGUCAGGAAAAGCUAAAGAAAACCAGAGGAGAAUCAUUCUCAUAUCCUAUCCUUGGGUUUCAUGGUACUGAUCAGAAGAACAUAAGACCAAUAUGCGAGAAUGGUUUCAAAGCACCAGGAGACAAAGGAUUCAAACACAAGACAGACUCUGGCUGGUAUGGUGCUGGGGUCUACUUCAGUGAGUUCACAAAAUAUUCCAUGGCCUACAUAUCAGGCUGUACAGAAAUCAUGCUCUGUCAAAUUUUGCCAGGAAAGGUGUAUAUGUGUUCAGGACUUAUCACUGGCUCUUCACUAAAAGAUGGCUAUGAUUCCCACAUGUCACCUUGUAAAAAAGAAGUGGUCAUUUUUGACACAGCAGCCAUAUUGCCUUGUUACAUUAUCUACUUUGAGCAAGCCAUAGGAGAAUUUUCAUACACUGAAACCAUUUUACAACUGUACAAGCAGGCAGCAGUUCAAAAGCCAAGCAAAAUUUUCAAAGGGACCUCUUUUACAUUGUUUGGUAAAAUGGCUGCCACGCAGGCCCCUUUAUAUACACUUCUUUCAAAUCAUGGUGGAAAGAAAGGUACUAAAGGCAAAGUUGACAUCCUGAUCACAACUGCAGAUGACAUCAAUGGAACUUCAAAAGUUAUUCUGGAGGCUAAAAAACAAAAUGUUCCUAUACUCAAGGAAGAGUAUCUAUAUCAAUGUAUCAUACAGAAGAAACAACUUCCGUUGAAUGAUUACAAAUUAUGAUUCCGAGCUACUUGCUAUGAUGGACAAGAAGCAGUUUUGAUCUUUCCCCUUUUGUUGUGGUGAAAGCUGUGACAUGCAGAUCACUUCUGUUCAUCAUGAUUUUAAAAAGGAGGAAACGUUUAGUUUGUACAGUUUUUAUCUCUAGUUCCUGAAUUAACAUGAACAGCAACAUUUAUAAUGAACAGCGGCUGUCCUCCUCUACACUCUUCAUCUUUCCUUGAUUGCAGCAUCACAUUGACUUUUGCACCAGUUUACCUCAAGAAAUUAAUGUUAACUCUUUCUCGCCUAAUGCACGAUACCAACGCUGAGUUGAACUCAUUAAAUUAAAAUAAUUAUGGAGAGAAAGAGUUAAGGGAUGGAAAGAAACUCUAAUUCACUAGAGCGUUUCCCAAAAAAAUAGGUGUUCCACGAACUACUUGAAGAGUCAGGGUGCUACAUGAAUUGACCUCUCUAAAAAAAAAAUAAGCAAAGAGUUGGGAAAUACGGCACAACAACAUAGAUAGAAAAUAUUAUGAUAAAAAUGAAUUGGAAUUACAGUUGUUUUCCUACCUGUGGUUGAGAGGGUACUGAAUUUUAUACCAACUCUUUAUGGCCAAUCCAUUUAUCUAAGAUGCAGGAAUGGUCUCUAGAGAAGACAUUUGUUGUAUUGAUUUUCUUCCCAGCUAGAAAUAACAUACUUUUUGUCUCACACAGUAGGUUAUAUACAUGUCUCUAUCACUGUAGUUUCAUAAUUUUAAUUUUUGUGUUUUUGUUGUGUUUUUUUUAUAAUAGCAAAUUAAGCUAUAAAUUAAGUUGCUUUGAUUCAGAUUUAGCUUUAACCCAACCGUGAUGUGAAUUUUAAUGUAUUUUAUGCUUUUAUUUUUAAAUGUUGUCUUUUUUCUAAUUUUAUAUGUUCUUUUUGGAAGAGUUCCUUAAAAUUGGAUGGUCAAUGCAGAUUUGAUUUUCUUUCACAUAAAGAGAGGUAAUCUAUUUAUAAAAUUCUCUUAGAUUUAUUUUGCUAUAAAUUUUUAAAAAUCCAGUCUUAACUCUUUCUCUUUGUAAUUAUUUACCACAUUCUGGUGGAAUCAACGCUGGUAUCAUCAGUUAGGAGAGAAAGAGUUAAACCUGCUGUGUAUGAGCGGGGUGCAUUUAGAAGACUAUAGAAAAUGACUUCCCUUUUAUUGUAAAUUGCUCUCAUUUUUCAAAUUGCUUGCAUACAAUUGGUAUAAAUAUUUCUAAUGGGACAGAUUUAUUAAUGUUGGUCUAGAUUUGGUUUCAUGGCAUGACUGAUCAAAACUAAUUGAUACAAUAUGUGUUGGCCUCCUUCAUUCGCAACGACUGUGGUUCAUCAUGUAGAAGAAAGCUUAAGCAUUGUUUACGGUCGGAACUAUGUCGCCCACACAGAAGUUCCCCCCUCUCCACCCAGCUGAUGUGACCAAAGGAACAGAAUACAGUUUGGGAUCAGUAGUGCCACAAAUUUUGCCAGGCUGUAGAACAAAGUUCCAUAAUCUAAGGGUCACCAGCUCCUUUUUCCUCAGGGUUGUCUCCCAAAGCUUUUCCCAUGUUUAUUAUAAUCUUUGAUUUUUAUUUUUUUUUAAAGUUAUGCUUAAGUUUUUCUUUGUUUUAUUAAGGAAUGUUAAUUAUUAAUUAAUUUAUUUAUUUUUAAUCGUAAAAUGUAUGCAUCAUUCUGGUCGUAAUCAUGUCUUGACCUUCCGGUCACAAACUUGUCUCAACCAUUCUGUCUUAACAUGUCUUAAUCAUCCUGUUUAUAAAUAUGUCUUAAUCACCCUGUUUAUAAAUAUGUCUUAAUCACCCUGUUUAUAAAUAUGUCUUAAUCACCCUGUUUAUAAACAUGUUCUAACCAUCUUGUCUUUCUAAAAUCAAUGCUGGUUGUACACUUACUUUUUGCUGAGUAUGUCUUAAUCUUCUGUGAAUGAAAAAAAUUAUUGAGUGAUGAUGUGCUAUCUACAGUUUUAUGCUAUCUUUACUAUUGAUACUGCCCUGAAGUAAUCUAAUUUGAUCUAUUACUUUUAAAAUGUGUAAAAAUAAUUUUCAUGAUUACAUGUUUACAAUCACUUGAUUCAAUUUUUUUUUUACAAUUAUUUACAUGACUGCAUUUUAGCAUCGUUAUAUUUUUUUAAUGUGUUAUUUAGAGUCAUAGUGCAUUAAUAGAUUGCUAAAAUACCUUUUUAAUUUGAACUAUCAAAUGUGUGAUAAAUACAUUUUUAUUUCCUGUAUAA